CAACCGCCUAUCCGGUAUCCAAACAAAAUCACGACCGGCGACGUUCAAUCCGAUCACUGAUCUUGCCAUCUGGCAAUUCCCUACAAAGAUCGCUCCGGCUGCAGCUUCCUGGAGAGAGUGGCGAACCAAUUUUAUCCGGCUUCUACUCACAGGCGCACUGAUUUUUCGCAGCCGCAGACGGUGAAGCUUGGAACUCGGGAGGACCCCAAGCCAAGAGCUCUACCGGGAAAAUCAAAUCGGAUGUUUGACACAACCAAGACGGGGCGAAGGAAUGGAGAAAGCGGUGAAAAUGCUGAAGCCAUCAUCAAUUCUAUGUGUAUUCGUUCUCAUAUUCUCUGCCAUUUCUGUCGACAGAGCUGUGGCAGAAGGUGUUACUCCCGAUGAAGCUAAACAGCUUAGAGACGAGGUGCGUGAAAUGUUCUACCAUGCCUUUGAUGGUUACAUGGAGCAUGCUUUUCCACUUGAUGAGUUGAGACCUCUGACAUGUACAGGAGAAGACACACUUGGUGGUUAUGCCUUAACACUUAUUGACUCCUUGGACACAUUAGCCUUAUUUGGCGAUCGUGAGAGAUUUGCUGCCUCUGUUGAAUGGAUUGGUAAAAACCUUCAUUUUGAUAUUAACAAAACAGUAUCUGUUUUUGAGACUACAAUCCGGAUCCUUGGAGGUUUGCUUUCUGCUCAUCUCAUUGCAAGUGAUUAUGCUACGGGAAUGGGAAUUCCAUCCUAUGAUAAUCAGUUGCUUCACUUAGCUGAGGAUCUUGCACACAGACUGUUACCUGCAUUUGAUACUCCUACAGGAAUCCCGUUUGGAUCUGUCAAUCUAUUGCAUGGAGUUGAUGAAAAUGAAAGCAAGAUAACAUCAACGGCUGGUGGAGGGACUUUAACCCUAGAAUUUGGAAUACUGAGUAUUUUAACAAACAACCCAGUUUUUCAGCAAGUCACAAAAAAUGCAGUGCGUGGUAUUUGGGCCCGCCGCUCAAAACUGAACCUUGUUGGUGCUCAUAUCAAUGUCUUCACAGGUGAAUGGACCCAGAAGGAUGCUGGAAUAGGUACCAGUAUCGACUCUUUUUAUGAGUAUCUUCUAAAGGCUUACUUAUUAUUUGGAGAUGAGGAAUACUUAUUCAUAUUUCAAGAAGCUUACAAGGCUGCAAUGCACUAUCUUUACAAUGAUCCUUGGUAUGUGGAGGUGAAUAUGAACUCUGCUGUUAUUGUCUGGCCACUGUUUAAUAGUCUGCAGGCAUUCUGGCCAGGACUUCAGGUUCUAGCUGGGGAUAUUGAUCCUGCUAUUCGUACACAUGCAGCCUUCUUUAGUGUGUGGAAAAAAUAUGGCUUCACCCCAGAGGGUUUUAACCUUGCUACACUCAGUGUUCAGCAUGGGCAAAAAAGCUAUCCACUGCGUCCAGAAUUAAUGGAGAGCACAUAUUGGCUUUACAAAGCUACAAGAGAUACAAGAUACCUUGAUGCUGGACGUGAAAUGGUUGCCAGCCUCCAAUAUGGGGCCCGAUGCCCUUGUGGAUAUUGCCACAUAUCUGAUGUGGUGUCUCACAAACAAGAAGACCACAUGGAGAGCUUUUUCCUUGCUGAAACAGUUAAAUAUUUAUGGCUUCUAUUUGAUUUGGCUGCGGGGUCAGACAACCUGGUUGAAAAUGGUCCAUAUAAGUAUAUAUUCAGCACUGAAGGCCACUUACUGCCAGCAACACCUCAAAUAUCUCUAGUAAAUGAGCAUUGCUCUUACUUUGGGGCAUUCUGCAAAAAUGAUGAUAUUAGAAAGAGAUCACGAAUAUCAGAUAUCUCAGUUGAUCCUCAAGAGGCUAAUAAUACAUUGCAUGAAAGUUGGGUUCCUAAUAGGUUUCCAUCAGACCCUCUAUACCGUAACUUCAUUUCAGUAUCUGGUGUGAUCAAGGGGCUCUGUCCAGGAUUAACUCAUGGGCAGAAAUUUGGAGUAUCAUAUCUUGCUGCAACAGAUACAGAUAAUGAGGAUGAAUUGACAAAGCAGCAAGAGAGUAAUGUGGCUCAGAGCUAUUCUUUGUUGGUCACUAACAUAGCUAAUGAUUCACAGCCCAAUGACAAUAAGAAUAGUGACGAUGCUCAGGAACCAAAUCAGGGCAAUUCAGAGUGACCCUUCCUGGAGAUGAUGAAAGAAAAAUUCAAAGGAAUUCAAUCUGUUGGAAUGAUCAGGAUCUGACCUGCCAACAUCCUGUUGUUACUUAGCUUGCUCCAGACUGGAAGUCUCAAAGAAUGCUGCAUGCAGGGAUGUUGUAAAGCUUCAAAACAGGUUUGGGCUUUCGGGUAAUGUGUAAAAGGACCUUCCUGUGUAAUGAUAAAUUCAGGUGGAUUUCAUUAACAAGGGCGGCAAUUUUGAGAUCACAGGUCAGAUAAUCUUGCUACCAAAAGAAGAAACGAGGAAACUCUGAACACAUGUAGAAGAACCUGAGUGAGUGACCGUCGUGUGAUAUUGUUUUGGUCCUAUUUUUUCUUCAUAAGCAUAACUUAAAACAAACACAUGAAUCUCUAUUUACUAGAUCUUUUUUUUUUUUCUUUUGCUACUAAAGGAAGUCGAAUAAUCCAGAAUAAAAAGAUAAAUCAAUCAGUUACGACUAGAGUUGUAUUUAUUGGAAACUUGAACAUAAUGAUUGCUUUAAAAAGGGAGCAGUGAUGCACUCAUUCUGGUCCA